AUGUCAAUGGCACUGUCUUUUACCAAUCAUUAUCUGCUGGCAACAGUUACAAGCUCCAUCCCUGCUGGUGGCGAUUUUUUACCUCGUUUGAAGGAAGACAUGGAUUUACUGAUGAAAAACAAACUCUUACCUGUGGGUAGGGAUGGCGCGCUCGCUGGAGGCAGACAAGUCUUAUGGGAGGAGGGGAUGAAAGGCAGAAAAUCAUCCAUCCUGGAUGCCCUUAUUCCGGGAUUGGACCUCACAACCAAAGAUAUCUUAGGCAUCAGAUACAUCAAAAAAAAAGGUGAAGUGCUCUUACAGGGAGCAUCUUUAUUACAGAACCUGCAGACUGGUCUAGAAUGGAGGCUCGAUGGUGCCUUUUCAGGUCCUGUGAAGAAGUUAAGGCGGCAGUGGGAGUUGGAGACUGAGACAGACCUGGAGGAGAUAGAUGAAGAUUCAAUGAUGGACACAGAUGCCAGCUGGUCGCAGCAAUCGUUCAAUGCUGCAGCUGGACAAAAGAGACCAAACCUUCCCGUCAAGUCAUUAGAAGAGAAAAGCUGGGAGCGCCUCUUGCGGAGUAUAUACUAUGCUAUGUGCAAUAUCAUCCGUGAGGCCAGUGACGAAUCCUCCCAAUCAGACUCACCGAACCCCCUUCCCUUCAAUGUCGUCCCGGAACCACGGUACUGGUCCUCCGAAUUCGCCACCACACCCAUUCCAGAUGCCACCGACUCGCGCAAGCCUGAUUUUAGUCCUCAUGGACUUCAGGCUGAAAAAGAGUCAAUCAGUAUCGCAAACCUCCAGCUCCGCACUCAUUAUAUGGACCGCUCUGGAAUGAUAAUCUCUCAACCUGUCCCAAUUGGUUCAAGUGCCAUGCGUUUCGUCGAUGUCUUAAACACAAUAACACUAUCAGACCUAGCUUCCCUUGGGUUCGAUCCUACUGUUCACAUUUGUACCGACCUCUGCUCCACUGGUUCUCACAAUGAUCUUCCUGAGGGUAUAGAUCCCAUGCCGGAAGGAACAAAAGGCUGGGUAAUGGACAACGACAGUGAGGUGUACUGGAUUAUGAAUAUUUUAUGGAAGAGUCGUGGUCUAUUUUCGCACGGGACCGUUUGUUAUCGUGUUCAAGAUCAGCACGGAACAGAGUUUGCAUUGAAGGAUUGUUGGGUCGAUGCAGAAAACCUGAAUUAUGAAGUGACACUCCUCCAGGCAGUCGAUGGCAUUCCAAAUGUGGUCAGUCUCAAAAAAUAUUGGGACGUCCAGUAUGCCGGACAAUCAGACUGCACAGCGAGGAUUCGCGAACACAUUAGCGAAUACCUUCCAGAAGCACCGAUAUACUCUAACAAGUCCCUCCCUGAGCUAGUCAGCGUUUUUCGAGAUCUUAUCGUUGCUCAUGAAGCAAUGGUCACCCAGCGGAACAUUCUACAUGGUGACCUCAGUCCCAACAAUAUAAUCAUCCAUGAUGGAAAGGGCUACUUCAUCGACUUUGAUCAUGCCAAAUUCCUCAAAAAUAAUGCAGCAGUAGAUUCGUGUGGUACUGGAACUGUACCCUAUAUAUCCUGCCAUCUUCUAAAGCUCAUAGGAGACGUUCCGCGUCCAUCUGUGAUUGACCACAGAGCCUCCGACGACCUGGAGUCACUCUUUUAUAUCCUCCUCGAAUUCACAACCACGUAUGAAGGACCCAAUGGCAAAGCGUCAGCCGAAGGAGUGCACCCUGUCAAUGCCCCUAGGUGGCGCAAGGCUUACCUGACGAUGGAGACGGGUUUGGAGAAAAUUCUAAGCUUUCCAGGUACCCCAACAUCGCUAAGUGUUGCAUUUUUGCCAGUGCCAUCUAUCGCCACUUCUCCUCCUACUUCUCCUCCUACUUCUCUUCCUCUCCCUGCGCGUCCUCAUCACCCCACUUUUCUCCCUCCUGCUUCUCUCCCACCCCCUCCUAUUGAAGCUAUGACCCAGGAUACUGGUGUUCGGCCCCAUCAUUCGGGGUGGAAAAUGCAGAUGCUGCCUCCUGAACUCCCGUCAAUGCCAUCUGUUACCCGGGGCGCAAUUUCUUCUUCAGCUUCUGGCUCCAUGGCAUCACCAUUUCAUUCCUCUUCUCCUCCCCCCACUUCUGGCCCUAUGAUCAAGGAGACUCGUCUUCGACCUCGUCGCUCCGGGCAGAAGAACAAAAUGAUUCCUCCUCCACUCCCAUCAUUGCCAUCUGUUGGCCCAAACGAACUUCCUGUCUCAGGUGCUGGCUCCAUGACUGAGGAACUUCCUAGUAAGCCUCGUCGUUCUAAAUGA